UGAGCUCUACCACCAGGCUGAGCAGCUCAUCUACCUGCUCGCACCUCACACAGCAGCAGGCUCUGGCACUCCCUGCAGCCAGAGACCUGCACGGCCACAUUUCUGGGCAGGCCCUCUGUCUGGGUCGCCACAUUCUUCUUGGUGCAAGCCCACUGCCUGGCAGAGACCAUGUUCAAACUGGAGGUCUCAGGGACCGUCCAUAGGAGAGCUGGUCUCCCGAGCAAAGGCAAACGGAACAAGACAUAAGGUCCCUUAUCCAGAGCAGUCUUAGCCGCCCUGAAGCUGGUCUCCACAGCAGUGACCGUUUCACACGUGAGGAGGGUGUUUAAACUAUACCGCGAUUGUGCCAGCUCCGCCCCUGCUGCCUCAGCAGCCCGCCCACAAGCUGCCAGCCCCCCGGCACCGGUAUAGUGCUUUUGCUAGCUUCAGAAAAGCCCUAGAAAGAGCUUUUUGAUCUGUUUUCCUUCCCUUCCCCUUCCCCUUCCCCUUCCCCUUCCCUCUGUGUAACCACUCCUCAUCCCCAGAUGGACAUGGGAUUUCUGAGUGGCCCUGAAGAAGCUGUGGCUGGACAUGGCCUUCUCGGUCACCCUUGGAGGUUGCCGCCAUCGCUGGCCUCCUCCCCCCCCACACCUCUCUGCUACCCGCAUUCAGGCCGCCAUCGGCUUCUGCAGAGGUGAGCUGCAGCCGUGGAGGGGCAGUUUGCAAACCGAGCGAGGGCCUCUGGGGGUUUGUACCAUCAGCCUCACUUAAUGAGCUCGUGAGGAGAAAGCCUGAAGCAGAUGCACCAAACAAAGCCUCAGUCCCCUGAGCACAGACGAGUCUACCACAUGCAUUCCCCAGUUCAUUCCCGCCUCACUUUGUGAAUUAGAAUGACAGAAUGAUAAAAUCAGAGAAUCCUUAGAGUUGGAAGGGAGCUCGGAAGGCCGUCUCGUCCAACUCCCAUGCAAUGAACAGGGACACCACAGAUAGAUCAGGUUGCCCAGGGCCUGAUACAGCCUCACAGCAGAAGCAUGGGAUCCUGGGCAGUCUGGCUGCACUUGAGCCCACUCCCAAAGCUUUCCGGCUAAGCAGGCGCACACAUCCUCCUCCCUGGGGAGUUUGGUCUACGCCAUUUGAACCGGGCUCCGGAGCCAGCCCCGCCCAGGCGGGGCAGCGUGUCACAGUGGGGCCCUUUCUGACACGUCCCUGUGUCACCCAGGCAUAGCUGGCGCCGACACGGUGGCCCUGCAGUGUCCGACAGGACAGCGAGGAGACAGGGCAGGAGUGUGCGGGUCUGGCUAGGAGCCCCCGAGCGCAGCCCACGUCGUUUCCCUCUACUUCUGGCAGCCCCGCGGCUGCCCCUUCCCUACCCUCAGCCCUCAUCCAGCAGGAUGGAGGAGAGACCCCCCAGCAGCCCCAGGGUGGCCUGGGAGGAGAGUGGGGCUCCCCAGGAGAGAAGAUCUCCACCGGAGCCCUACGAAGUGACCGAGGUGCAGCCUCUGCGUGCUGAUGCUGACAGCCUGUCUCUCUCUGAAGAGGAGGAGGAUGAGGAGAUAGGAGAGUAUGAGAAGGCAGCUAUGGACAAAAUAGCAUACAUUCUCAAGAUUACGGAAAAGAAUGAGGCGCUAAAGAUGGUGUUCCUGGAGAGCGUCUGCACCAUCUGCAGAGGCGACGAUAACACGGGCUUGUGUGACAGAGUGGCUCUUUUCUGCCGUGAAAAUAACUUGGCGGAGAAAGUCAAGGAGCUGCUGGAGGAUGAGCCCGUGGACCAGCUGUGCACUGCAGUGCGGUACCAAGCCAUGCUUGCGAUCGCCGCCUUGAGCGAAGUGAAGGCAAUUGCACAGGAGGAAAUACUACCUCUUCUAAAUGCAUGCUUCAAAGCCGUCUUCUACCUUCCACCAGAAGAGGACUUGGACAUUCACCUCUACAGUCACACCCUGCGUGCCAUGGACAGCAUGCUGCAGAUGUUGCUGCUCAGCCAUUGUACCUCCAGCAAUGAGGAGCUGCGGAAUAUCUUGGAGGUGCUGACACGCUUCACCAGCACCCAGAACAAAACUGUGCAAGCAAGAGCCUUGAACAGGAUCUGGAAACUCAGCUAUUUCGUCACCAGAGGUUUCUGGCAGGAGUCAUUUGCAAAAUUCGUCCCGCCUUCUCAGAGGACAAACAUCAUCUGCAUGACCCUUGAGGCCAUUGGAGAGUGCAGCGCUGAGGACAGGGAGUGGGCCAGCUUGAUGCUGGAUGUGGUUCUACGGGACCCUGUCAGCUGGAUGAUGGAUGUGCCAGAGAUUCUGGAGUUCAUCUGGAGAAACCUGGGAAGCAACAGCACAUCCCUACAGCCGACCCUCUACACAGUGCUGGAUGUGCUGACCAACCAGUUUCCCAGGGAUGUGCUGAUAAGCGUGCUGACUGACCUUCCACACAGUGACAGCACCACGCUGGACAUCUGGAAGAGAAUGCUUUCCCUGGCAGAAAAUUCAGAGUGCAUCUUGGAUGUACUGUGCAGCGUUCUCCAGGACCAAGAGCUGUGUGGGAUUUUUAACGUCACCACAGCGGAGUUGGGCCUCCUUCGGCUGACUCUGAUUCAUCCCACUGAAGAGAACCUGCAAGAGCUGUGUAAGCCAGCACUGCUCCAGAGGCUUCUGAAGAUUGAAAGCCUGCCACUCCUCUGGCUGGUGCUCAGAGGCCUUGUCCUGCUGUCCGAGAGACCUGAGACGGCAAUAGGAAUACGGGACCUGCUGCCAGACGUCAUGGAGACCUUGAGGUUUGCCAACACGUCCAUUGCUCUCAAGGCGAGCAAGAUCUCCAGAAAUGUGAUGACUCAUGUGGGGAAGAGAGAGGCCCGUCCCAUUGUUGUGGAGCUGGCUGAGAAGCUCCUGCCUCUUUUCAGUCAUGUGUCAAGUGAAGUGCGAGAAGGCUCCAUCCUCCUCUUCAAAGAUGUGAUGGAAGCUGCCGUGUGGUGGCAGAAGAGAAACAUGAGGAAGACUGUGCACAGGGGCCUGCUCCCUCUGCUCUUUCAGAUGAGCGAUGAGACCCCAAGUGUUGCAGAGGCCUCUGGAGAAGCCCUCGUACGUUGUGCAAAGUUCCUGAGGUGGAAGGAGCUCAAGCGCCAGGCCAAGAGAAAGGGAAAAAUGGAGAUCAAGGAGUGCUUGCUGCGGCAGGACAGGCAGACGGCGAAUGAAUACCUUUGGCUGAGCCUGCCAUACCUGCAAAAUUCUCAGGCCUCUUUGCGAUAUGAGGCUGUUGAAUUCAUUGGGCUGGCUUUGCAGCACUCCGGACACCAAAGCAGGGAGAAGCUGAAUGUAAUUUGCAGUGCCCUCCAGCCUUUGAGAGGCGAUGCCCACCCAGCAGUCCGUUCUGUGGCAACUGGAGUAAUCCAGAAAUGUCAAGGCCAGAAGGCAGAGCCAACACGGAGGAGGUUCAAAGGACUGUGCUGCUGGCCCUGCUGAGCCAUCUGUCCUUAUCAAGACGACUCUGAUUAAAACUGGGAUUACAAAGCCAUUCCCUUGCAUGGGGAUACAGAUCCACUGGAGGCCUGGACAAUCAGCACCGACACGCAGUUCCACUGAAGGACAUACCAGACCUUUAAGCUGGCGUUCAUUGCUCCUAAGGACCCCGUGGCUUUCCUUCAUGUUCUUUCAAGGUCAUUACCCCACCCAUGUACAAAAUAAGAGUAGCUUCACGGCAGAUAUGGAAGAGCAAUGGGUGGGGCUGGCAUGGUCUGGAGGGGAUGCUGGCAGGUCACUGCAGGCCAGUCCGUUUCAUCUCGGCUCUGUUUCCUUCUGCUGCAGCCCUCCAGCCUUUGGAAGAUGACGCCCACCUGGCAGUCCGGUCCCUGGCAGCUGGGACAGUUCUGGUGCUGAGAAUUCAAAGGAGAAUUCAACAUCACCACUGGACUAGCUUGCAGCCCUUUGCUUCUGUCCCUGCAAAGCCAUCCAUCCUUAGGAAGAUGACUCAGAUUAAAACUUGGAUUACCAAGCCUUCGCUUUCCUGCUGAAGCGAAACAGCAAGUACUUACAACCAGAGGAUGAAGAGAGAAGCGUGUAGCAGAAAGCAAUCCAAAUGCCCAGGGGGCUGAGAAGGGAUUCUUGUAAUCAUGGCAGCUACCAAAUGAGAAUCAAUAAAUCAUAGAAUCAUAGAAUGGCCUGGGUUGAAAAGGACCACAAUGACCAUCGAGUUUCAACCCCCCUGCUGUGUGCAGGGUCGCCAACCACCAGACCAGGCUGCCCAGAGCCACAUCCAGCCUGGCCUUGAAUGCCUCCAGGGACGGGGCAUCCACAGCCUCUCUGGGCAACCUGUUCCAGUGUGUCACCACCCGCUGCGUGGAACAGCUUCUUCCUAAUAUCCAACCUAAACCUCCCCCGUCCCAGUUUAAAACCAUUCCCCCUUGUCCUAUCACUACCCACCCUCAUCAACAGCUGUUAAUUAAUCAUCAAUAAAAUUUUUAAAAUGUC